ACGGCAAGAAAUAUGCGAAUUAUUUUAAGCAGCUUAUUGUGCCUGGCGCUAUUCUGCAGCCAACUGGAUGCCCGACUGGUGCGCAUACGACGCAUACGCCGCCUGGUGGGCGGCAGUGAGCGGGAUGCUCAAAUAACGGACUAUCGCGUGCAGCCAGCGGACGAUGAGGGCGUAUUCAAGUACGCCUUCAAGACCAGCAAUGGCAUCGACGUGCAGGCAGCGGGCAACGCACUUGAAACCAUUGGCAUUUUCAGCUACACCUCACCCGAGGGUGUGCUCAUCGAAACACGCUACAUAGCCGAUGAGCUGGGCUUCCAUGUGGUGGGUCGACAUCUGCCACAGCCGCCGCCCACACCGAGCUACAUUCUAGAGUCCUUGGAGUACAUUCGCACACACAACGAGGAUGGCACGCUUAAGCGACAAACGUUCUAGGCGCAUUCAUUGUCAAGUGCUUCAGAAGGCUGAUCUAUCAUAUAGCUAUAGAUAUAUAUAAAAUACAUGUGCAUCGAACUGUUGCUAGUUGUUGUAAGUUAAAGCGGCGCAAAUGCUUAGAAUCUCCGAUCACAUCAUUUCCGCGUUUCUUGCUUUUGCUUAAGGCACACAGCGAAUUAUUUAUAACAUAUUUUUCCACUUUAGGCAAAUAAAAAUCUUAUUUACAUAGACACAGCUUUUAUUUGAUCUUCGUCAGACCCUAACAAAUCAAGUCUUGUUAGCACAUUAUCUUCACAAAAUCAUGUGGACAUUAUGACGUCUUUGUUUGCCCAGUCAAUAGCCAAAUAUUCCUGAGAAUCUAUUGAUUGAAUUUUCAAGUUUCCAUACAAUCUAAGCAUUUGCAAAG